AUGUCUCGCCUCACCUGGCCGCACGUCUUCAAGGACACGCGCGCCUCUCACCACCUCUGGCUAUUCCCGCUCGUGGCGGGCGGCGUCUGGUUCAUUACUCUUAGCAUCCUGCUGAUCCGGUGGUUCGCCAUUGGGCAACCGCGAUACCCGGGACAGGUGAACCCCGACGUGCCCUUCAUCAGCGACAUUGCCGCCUUUACCUUUAAGCCAGUGUUCGUCACGGGGUGCACCAUUGUCGGCGUCGCGUUUGCCGGCACCGUCUUUGCCGUCCACCACGUCCGCUACAGCCCCGAGUUUUAUGGUCUCGUCUCGGACGCGCCCUGGCGCCAGUUCACUAGCUUUGCUGCCUUGGUUGCUGGGUUGGCGGCCGCGUUUAAUUUGUUCUUCCUCAGUGUCUAUGAUACUGUGGAUGCCCAUGUUCGGCAUCGGUAUCUGCUCAUGGGCACGUUUGCCGGGUUGGGUCUCAGUGCCAUCCUUACGACGGCCGUGUGGUGGGAUCAAAUCUGGGGACCGCCACGUUGGGCUGGGCUGAGAAAGUGGUGCCUCUUCAACACAUUCCUGGUCGUCUGCCAAAUGGGUAUUGGUGUAUCAUUUGUCGUCUUCAUGUACACUGGACGCUACAGGAUUUCUGGGUUCCUAGAGUGGACUUUGACUUACUUGGGUUGUUUCUGGUUACUUUCAUUCAUCGGUUACACAAAAUUUCGAGAGGGUGAGGAUCCAAAGCCUCCAACCGAAGCGGAAAGAAGGCCCUUGUUGGCCUCUGAGGAUUGA